UAAGGGACCAAAUUGCUAAUUUACUCUUUUUGAGUAUUUGAUGGGCUUUGGGGAUCCACUUUACUUCGAUCUUGAGGAAUCAUAGGAAACUUCAUCGUACAUGCUUGAAGAAAUGAAAAUUUGAAAAGAAAAUGACGAUGAGGAAAAGGAUACAACUGUCAUGAACUUCACCUUCAUCUUCUCCCCCAUCAAACCCUUCUCCCAAUUCCCAUUCAGUCAACUCCGUACUCCCAUCUCAGUCCUCCUCCUCGUCUAAGCAGCUACUUGGCGCUCUUUCUCUCUCUCCCUGCGCAUCAGAAUCCAGUCAAUAAUGGACGGCGGCGGCCUGGCCGAGGCGGAGUACUCGAAGGCGAAGACGUCGGUGUGGUGGGACAUCGAGAACUGUCAGGUCCGCAGAGGGUGCGAUGCUCACGCGAUUGCCCAGAACAUAAGCUCCGCCCUCGUCAAGCUCAAUUACAAAGGCCCGGUAUCCAUCUCUGCCUAUGGAGACACCACCGGUAUUCGUUCCUCUGUCCAGCAAGCUCUCUCUAGUACCGGAAUCGCCCUUAAUCACGUCCCUGCAGGUGUUAAAGAUGCAAGCGACAAGAAGAUUCUGGUGGACAUGUUAUUGUGGGCCGUGGACAAUCCGGCACCUGCUAACUAUUUGUUGAUUUCCGGAGACCGUGACUUCUCCAAUGCACUUCAUCAGUUGCGCAUGAGACGAUAUAACAUCCUUCUAGCACAGCCACAGAAAGCAUCUGCACCGUUAAUCGCAGCCGCAAAGAGCGUAUGGCUCUGGACCAGUCUCUCGGCUGGGGGAUCCCCCCUGUCGAGUUCUGAAUUGCAGCACCUUGGUGGCACCAGUCAUAUUUCUAGCUCUGAGACAUUACAGGUUCCUGUUUCUAGUGUAUCCCAAACACAUCGCUCGGGGGAUUUCGUCGCUGAAAGCCCCAAUUUUCAUUCGGGAAAUCAGAACUUCAAUCCUGGGAGGGGCAUUGACCCUAGCAUGCCUAGUCCUCCUGCCGUUAAACCCAUGGGCCCACCUCCACCAGUUGGGAUUCCUGGAGAUCAAAACAGUUUGAACUCAUAUCAAGAAGGUCCAUAUAUUGGCGGUGUUCCCUCUUGUGGACCACCUAAUGCUGCUAAUUUUGAUCCUUUUUGGAACAACGGUAACAUUCAAGGCAACUAUCAGACUCAUCAUGCACAGCCAGUAUGGCCCAAUAACUUUGCUGCGCAACCUCCGAUUAAUCAGGGGAACAUGUGUCCACCGAACAGUCACUUCGGUGCCUCUCCUCUAGUGCCACCUAGGCCCGAUGGAGCCAACUUUUCUCGAGGACCCCCUGACAUUAGCAUGUUGAACGUCGGUGCUCAUGCUAGCAGAGUUCAAAGCCCUCCCAACUUCGAGCAGCAAAGUUCAAACCCAAAGCAGACAUCUGCUAGUGAAUCCACGAAGGGCAAGAACAGAGGUAAAGGUGUAAAAGAUGGAAGUAAGAACCACAACAUACCGCAGAGGAAACAUGAUGGAUCAAGCAAAAAGAACCAUAUUAGUACAGAUCCACCUCCUACUUCCUCUGGGAUUGGUACUUCCGAUGUUCCUCCUAAUGGCAUUUCGGGUACCCCAGGACACCCGAAACCUUCUGAGCAUGUCCAAGGUCUUAUUGGAGUUAUCUUACUUGCCUUGAACACCCUAAAGAAUGAGAAAGUUAUGCCAACUAAAGAGAAUAUAGUUGGUUGUGUUCGGUGUGGAGAUUCUAAACAUCGGAAUACUGACGUAAAAAAGGUCCUACAUAGUGCCAUCCAGCAGCAAAUGAUAGUGAAGCAUGACUUGGGUAGUUCUGUGCAGUUGUACGUCAGUAAAAAUGAGAAGUUGUGGAAGUAUCUGAGCCCUCUUGGAGGUGAGCCAAAAAAUUAUUCCAACAAAACAUGGGCGGAGAUACAAAGGUUCUUAGGAUCCUCUGAAGGACAAUCUGCAAUACUGUCUUCUCGGUCCAGGUAUGAAGCAGGUCUGGUUAUGAAGCAAAUGUGCUUGAAAGAUCAUCUUCUGGGUGACAUACUCCGGAUUCUAAACCUGUUAAUAACCGUGAAGAAAUGGAUAGCACCUGAUCCAUCAGGAUGGCAACCAAUUAAAAUUACUCUUCCGGAUACAAAUCACACCAGUUCAGCAGUGAAAAAUGAUGAUGAUGGCUCUCCAUGCGAAUUGGGCAAGCUCUGAGGACAUUGGCAGUAUGAAGGGGUUAAUUGGUGAUAAGCCCCUUGCCAAUUCGACAAAAUUUCCUCAGGAGUUGCCCCUUUAAAUUUAUGCCGUAUUUUCUACUAACCAAGUGCGACCUCUGCCAUCGUCUCAGAAGGUUCUCCUUGCAAUGAGGUAUUGCAUGCAGGGAGAGUCAGAAGUCAAAUCAAUAUAAUAGAAUAGGUUUGCAGGUAACUUGACAGGUUGUUUUUUUAUCGCCGGCGGGUGAUUUUAUGGGAGAUAACUGAUGGAGUAGUUUGUGCACUCUAGCAGCCUCGACUGCUUAUACCCUCAGCUAGUGGCUUUGUCAUGUUUAUCUCCAAAGGCCAUGGAUGAUAGCACAUGCUGGAUUCUCUUGGGAGUCGCUUGCUGGAGUGAAAGCAUUUGUUGGUUGAUUGUCAGAGUUGAGAAUGAAUCUUCCGUAGCUGUCCAAUUCACCCAGCAUCAGGGGAACUAUAUUUCACCGUUGUCAUGUUAUCUCCAAAGGCCAUGGAUGAUAGCACAUGCUGGAUUCUCUUGGGAGUCGCUUGCUGGAGUGAAAGCAUUGGUUGGUUCAUUGUCAGAGUUGAGAAUGAAUCUUCCGAAGUUGUCCAAUUCAACCAGCAUCAGGGGAACUAUAUUUCACCCUUGUCAUGUUAUCUCCAAAGGCCAUGGAUGAUAGCACAUGCUGGAUUCCCUUGGGAGUCGCUUGCUGGAGUGAAAGCAUUGGUUGGUUCAUUGUCAGAGUUGAGAAUGAAUCUUCCGAAGUUGUCCAAUUCAACCAGCAUCAGGGGAACUAUAUUUCACCCUUGUCAUGUUAUCUCCAAAGGCCAUGGAUGAUAGCACAUGCUGGAUUCCCUUGAGAAUCGCUUGCUGGAGUGAAAGCAUUGUUUGAUUCAUUGUCAGAGUUGAGAAUGAAUCUUCCGAAGCUGUCCAAUUCACCCAGCAUCGGGGGAACUAUAUUUCACCAUUGUCAUGUUAUCUCCAAAAGGCCAUGGAUGAUAGCACAUGCUGGAUUCUCUUGGGAGUCGCUUGCUGGAGUGAAAGCAUUGGUUGAUUGAUUGUCAGAGUUGAGAAUGAAUCUUCCGAAGCUGUCCAAUUUACCCAGCAUCAGAUCUGCUCUCUUAGCUUGCGAGGCUCACCGAUUGUAGCAAGGUGGUCAAGACCGUCUCAAAUGGGCCAUCCAAUGCAGAAAUGAAGAGAGAGAACACGGAUACUGUUAUCAUCUCAUGGUUCUCCGGUGAUUAUCGAGAUCAAAGAUAGCUGCAGAUCCAAAUCACUGUUGGUCUAUUUCCAUUAUGUAGUUCUACAAACAAACUGCACUGGAAAAGUGACCGAUGAGAGGGAGCAUCAGGCAUUUGGUACCAAGCGAAAGUUCUGCAGUUUUGGUUGCUUAUUAUUUGAAUGCUGUGAGGAGGCUUCUCUGGGCUCCUUACACGCUGUUCCUGUGAAGGCUGUUCUAUUAUGAUAUUUGUAAAUUUUUUGGGCUGAGUUAUUAUGGCUUUGGAUGUUCAAUCAGUAAUUUUAGCAAUAAUUUUAGCGUGACUUUGGUAAA